GUAAAUCAAAUGUACGCAUCGUACGCGAGUUCUAUAAUUAACAUAGAUUUAUUUUAGGAGCAACCCUGUAGGCGAGGAUUAUUGUGGUGUGAGAAACUGCACUUGGAUAAAGAGGUUCCUCUUCAGCUCCUUUCCCAAGCUACAAUGUUCAAGUCUUCUCUCUUUCGAGCCUUCAUUGCAGCGGCUGUUGUCGUGACGGCAACAAGUAUCCCACGUGGUUCUAGACCCGCUAAGCGUGCUAGCUGCACCGUCAACUCCGUCGCUACAGCUUCAGAUCUUUCUGACUGUACAACGGUGACAAUCGAAGCCUUCACUGUUCCUAGCGGGAAUACCCUUACACUGGAGCCUGCCGAUGGCGCGACUGUUACUAUGGCCGGCUCAAUCACUUUCGCCCAGACGACUUCUUCUGGACCGUUAUUCACCAUUGAUGGCACCGACAUUACUUUCAACGGGGCGGGAUUUGAGUUCAACGGUAAUGGUGCCUUGUAUUGGGACGGCGAAGGCACGAACGGGGGUGUCGCAAAGCCUCAUCCGCUCUUGAAGUUCAAGGGUUCGGGGACAUACUCCGACUUUACGGUGCUGAAUACCCCUGCGCAGGCCGUUUCCAUCGGCAAUAGUGAUGGUCUUACUUUUACUAGUAUCACUGUUGAUAACAGCGCUGGCGAUGUUGAUGACUUGGGUCAUAAUACAGACGGUUUUGAUGUCUCUGCAGACGACGUGACUAUUCAAGACAGCGUCGUAAAGAAUCAGGACGACUGUCUAGCUAUUAACGACGGGACAAACAUCAAGUUCUUAAAUAAUCAGUGCUCUGGAGGCCACGGUAUAUCCAUCGGUUCCAUCGCUAGCGACAAGUCGGUUACCGACGUAACUAUCAGUGGUAAUACCGUCACCGAUUCAUUAUAUGGUCUGAGAAUUAAGGUGGACGCCUCCGCCUCUUCGGCUUCGGUUUCCGGCAUCACCUACUCUGGAAACAAACUGAGCGGAAUUGAAGAAUUCGGUGUUCUGAUCACCCAGUCGUAUCCCGAUGAUGACGGAACCCCGGGGACUGGCGCGCCCAUUUCGGACAUAAACUUCACAGGGUCUGCCACAACUGUAGCAGUUGACUCUGACGCAAAGCGCCUCACCGUCGAUUGCGGGGCAUGUUCAGGGACUUGGGAUUUUUCGGCUCUCACCAUCACGGGCGGUGAAGAGGGUACUAUCGUUAGCAACGAUGCUACUAUAUCCGGAGGCUCAUACUGAAAUGUUUCGUAACAAGCUGGAGACCUGUGAUAAUGCAUUGAAUUUACGAUACCGGCCUUUCUUGUUUUGCGGUGCCUUGUAAAGCGCCACUACUUUUUCCUAGUGUAGCGUUGUAUCUACAAUGUCGUCGUGAUAUAUCAUUCAAGUUUGACUGUUACAGACACUACAC